GGGUGGUUAUAGGCGAGAUAAAAGAGGCAAAUGUCUCUUGUCCUGCUUACACACACAAACACAACCACCACGUGCCCGGCUGUCUGACUGCUUGUUUGUCGAUUUGCGGACGCUGAAGAAGAGGAGAUCAUCAGAAGCUCUCACUUGAAAAUUGGCACCAUGGAUGCAGCAGAGUUUCGGCGCAGGGGAAAGGAGAUGGUGGACUAUGUGGCCGACUACCUGGAGAACAUCGAGCAGCGACCGGUCUACCCAGAUGUGGAACCGGGUUAUCUUCGUUCCUUGAUUCCUACUGAAGCCCCGCUGGAGCCUGAGAGUUAUGAAGACAUUAUUAAAGAUGUGGAGAGGGUCAUAAUGCCAGGAGUCACCCACUGGCACAGCCCAAACUUUUUUGCCUACUUUCCAGCUGCUAGCUCUUACCCCGCCAUGUUGGCCGACAUUCUGUGCUCAGCCAUUGGAUGUAUUGGAUUCUCCUGGGCUGCCAGCCCAGUGUGUACAGAGCUGGAGACAGUGAUGUUAGAUUGGCUGGGGAAGAUGCUGAAGCUGCCGGAGCAUUUUAUAGCUGGGACUCAUGGCCACGGAGGAGGGGUCAUCCAGGGCACAGCCAGUGAGGCAACCCUGAUGUCCAUGCUUGCUGCCCGCUGUAAAGCAAUCCGACGGGUUCAGGCCUCAAAUCCUGAUAAGUCAGAUGCCGAAAUCCUCGGCCAAUUGGUGGCGUACACCUCUGAGCAGGCUCAUUCCUCAGUGGAGCGCGCUUCUCUGAUUGCUGGAGUGAUGAUGAAGAAAGUUCCCACCGACAACAGCUAUGCUGUCGUAGGUAGCAUGCUUAAGAAGAUUGUGGAGGAGGACAAAGCAGCAGGACUCAUCCCUUUUUAUUUCUGUGCGACUCUUGGUACUACGCCAUCGUGUGCUUUUGAUCACAUCACCGAGCUGGGGCCAGUAUGUAAUGAGGAAAAUAUGUGGAUGCACAUUGAUGCAGCGUAUGCAGGGAGUGCAUUCAUCUGUCCUGAAUUUAGGCCUCUGUUGAAUGGCGUUGAGUUUGCAGACUCUUUCAACUUCAACCCACACAAAUGGCUUUUAGUCAACUUUGACUGCUCAGCCCUGUGGGUGAAGAAGAGACAGGACAUUAUUGGAGCCUUCAAGAUGGAGCCACUCUACUUGAAACAUGAAAACCAAGAGUCAGGGCUGGUUACCGACUACAGGCACUGGCAGAUUCCACUUGGAAGAAGAUUUCGCUCACUAAAGAUGUGGUUUGUCUUCCGUCUGUAUGGGCUCGAAGGCCUGCAGGCUCAUAUACGCAAGCAAGUGGCCCUAGCCAAAGAGUUUGAGAGUCUGGUACGAGCAGACAAGAGGUUCGAGAUCUGUGCCGAGGUCAUCAUGGGACUGGUCUGCUUCCGGCUCAAGGGCUCCAAUGAGUUGAACCAGCUCUUACUGAAAAGGAUCACCAAGGACAGGGAGAUCCACCUGGUGCCCUGUCAGCUGUCUGGUCGCUUUGUGCUGCGCUUGGCCAUCUGUGCACGCACUACUGACUCAAGACAUGUCCAACAAGCAUGGCGACACAUCACGCAGCUGGCCUUUGAGCUUUUGCAGGAGCCCAGCCAUUGACCAAAGAGGCUGUCUGUUGAAAAAAAUGACCAAAGUUAUGACAACAAUUCUUGUUCCAUGUUGCAGAUGUAAAAUGUGUUCAAGGGAAUUAAGGAAUAUUUCACAGCUCACUUAGCAGUCAGGUACCUUUCUGUCUGUUGACAAGUUAUCAAGUAUAGUAAGUAGUGGACAUUAUUUUUGCUGGCUUUGCAAAUUAAUCUAAGUAAAAUAUAAUUGAUUACACAUUGAAAAGACGUGUAUAAAAGGAAACUUAAUAUUCCAAAUUUUACAUUUUCUAUCUGCAAAUCCACACCCCAUUGUCUUCGCUUUUAUCUGUCACUUUUAAAAGUAAUGUUAUUGUCCAUAUCGUAAUGCAAUCAUCCCGCUGUGGACCUAUCUUUACUGUCUAUGCCGCUUCUGUGUCUUCUAUGUCAACAAUGUAGUCGGUUUAAGGUGAAUCUGUUGAGUUUUGCAAUGAAUGUAUUGCACAUUGUGUGUGUGAAUGAAUUUUGAGUCCGUGUGUGUGUGUGUGUGUGUGUGUGUGUGUGUGUAAUUUUUGCUGGAUGCUCAUACAGAAACAGCUUUUAUAUGUCUAUGUUUAGUGAUACGUUUUAAGUGAAGGAUUAGAAAUGAAUGAAUUGUAAUAGAGUGAUGUUACAUUUUCUACUGUUGUUUGGCUGUAUAAGUUAAAUAAUUUUAACAUUGCUUUGGUAACCCCCUUUUUAAGUGCAUUAAUGUAUUGAUGACCUCGUUAGAAAAAUUUGUUUUGUUUAAUAUAUAGAAUGGCAGGCAAAGACCUAUCAUUUACUGUAUUUUUUAUAUUUUACAGAAAUCUUAUUAAUUCAUGUAGUGUCUUAUGCACAUAAGGCCAGUGUUUCCCCAAACUGUAGCACAAGACAAUCCCUCUUUCACUGUAAAUCAGUUAGAUGAGAAUGAAAUUAUGCUACUUUUGGUGUACACAGGACCACCAUUUGUUUCUCGACUGAGCUUAUUCCCAAUCAAAUGAGUGAUACAGAGAAUUAAUUAAUGAACCAGAUUCAACAUGAUAUCCCUCUACUGUAAGUAUUAUGUGUCUGUUAUCACACAGAAAUAAAUGAUCAAAUGAGUAGAGUUAAAGGGUUUAAAAUGUUGUAUACAUUAUAUAUUCUCUAAUUACACAUUGUCUAACACAGAUUUAGUUCUUAUAAGGUUGUUCCAGUUUGUGUGUACCAUGUAUCUAGGAUCCUCCUCAUGUUAGCCUCUAAUUAUACUGUAUAUCUGAGCUUCAGAUUCACAUGAUUAACGACUCAAUUUAAAAAACACUUGUCUCUUACCUGUUGUCCACAUGCAAAACAAAUCAUGGAUAGUUUCUGGAUUGCUGAUUGUGUGCUAGGAGAUAUGUAAAUCUGUGGUUUGACAUCAACCAAACCUUGUUGUUAAUUCAUAUGAUUUAGUCAAAUUAUGCUGCUGUUGCUGAUCAAGGUGUUUUCUCUGACUUGGCUGUGCGCUGCAUGCAAUGGUAUGGGUUUAUUUGAUUAAAGUCUGCUGUAGUCUGCAUGGUGUCUGGAUCUCU